AUGGCGAAAACUAAGAUUAUUGAGGAGAAUCAUAGCGAUGAGGAGUCAUCGCAAUAUUCCCCGGAAGAAAACUCCGAUGUGCCUUCGAUCAAUGAUAGUGCGGAGGCACAUGCAGACCGACCUGCAAAGAGGAGACGAGUAUCUGUAUCAUCGAACGACUCAGACGACUCAGACACAGAGAACUACACCCCAAUUGCGCCGCUACCAACACUGUCCCGUAUAAAAAAGAAGAGCGAUGUAUCGGCUGCUUCAAAUGCGCCUUCGAAUGAAGAACCGGUGUCAAGCCGAGAUGCGCGAGACAUUGGCCUACAGGUAACGGACUCAACCUUUGCAACUCUCAACGUCGCACCGUGGCUAGUCAAAUCUUUAUCUACAAUGGCAAUUCGACGACCCACCGCGAUUCAGAAAUCCUGUAUUCCCGAGAUUUUGAAGGGAAAGGAUUGUAUCGGUGGCAGUCGAACUGGCUCCGGUAAAACCAUUGCAUUUGCCGUGCCAAUUUUGCAGAAAUGGGCGGAAGACCCGUUUGGUGUUUUCGCUGUCGUACUGACGCCUACUCGUGAACUUGCGCUACAAAUCUUCGAACAAUUCAAGGCCAUUUCGGCUCCACAGAGUUUGAAACCAGUCCUCAUCACAGGCGGCACGGACAUGAGGCCUCAAGCCAUUGCACUUUCACAACGACCUCAUGUCAUCAUCGCUACUCCCGGGCGCCUAGCAGAUCAUAUUCGGACAUCAGGAGAAGACACCAUAGUGGGACUGAACCGUGUUCGAAUGGUUGUCAUGGACGAGGCUGAUAGACUGCUGACCAGUGGGCAAGGAAGCAUGCUUCCAGACGUUGAAACUUGUCUAUCUGCACUACCACCUUCGAGCGAACGUCAGACUCUUCUGUUUACUGCUACAGUCACCCCUGAAGUCCGCGCUCUCAAGUCAAUGCCACGCCCCGCCAAUCGUCCUCCCAUUCAUGUGACGGAAAUCGGCACAGAAAACCAUGCUCCAAUCCCACCAACCCUCAAGCAAACAUACCUCCAAGUUCCCAUGACACAUCGUGAAGCCUUUCUCCAUGUCCUACUUUCAACAGAACGAAACUCCACCAAACCCGCCAUUAUCUUCUGCAAUCGUACCAGAACUGCUGAUCUUCUUGAACGGAUGCUACGCCGCCUUUCUCACCGUGUAACAUCCCUCCACAGUCUUCUGCCGCAAUCAGAACGAACAGCCAACCUUUCCAGGUUCAGAGCCAGUGCAGCACGUCUCCUAGUUGCUACGGAUGUAGCCUCUCGUGGUCUCGAUAUCCCUAAUGUCAGCCUUGUCAUUAAUUUUGACGUUCCACGAAACCCAGAUGAUUAUGUCCAUCGUGUGGGUCGUACGGCUCGUGCCGGCCGAACGGGUGAAUCCGUGACUCUGGUUGGCCAACGAGACGUGCAGCUCGUGUUGGCAAUUGAGAAAAGAGUUGGUAGGCAGAUGAUUGAGUGGGAAGAGGAAGGCGUCAGUGUUGAGACAAGGGUGGUUAAGGGCGGUAUUCUGAAAGAAGUAGGUGAAGCCAAGCGGGAUGCUGCUCGGGAAAUUGAUGAGGGCAGGGAUGUCCUAGGACGCCGCACAAACAAGCUCAAAAAAGUUCGAUGA